AUGCGGGACUAUCUCGUCCGCAUCGGUCACGAGUACUGCGUCUGGCAGCCGCUGGGGCCGGCGAGGGCAAGCAAAGACGGAACGAUAAUGGGCUUGAUGGAGCUUCGCAACGUCAUGGAUGGGAAGCUGGGGGCGAUUCUGGGCAGCGAGCUGGUCGACGGGCCUGGUAAUCGUAUGGGAACACGCUAA